GGUGAACUUGAACAGCCCUCCUUCAUUUAAAUCCAAUUUACUUAGACGUCAUGGUAUCAACUCCUCAAGUUCACGGUCUUCUUCGAGAAGGACAAACAACAGAACAUUUCUACAUCCAACGAUAAAAUGCCUCAGGUCCCAGGACCACGGCCAGCGGGAAGAGGGGGUGGGGACCGAGGGCUGGAGAUUUAUGUGGUGCAAUACCAGGAUGAGGCACGAGGGGACAGCAUCUCUUGGUCUGAAAGCCCAUCCGAGUACAUCAAACAAUGUCCAAGAACCCCUCUCUCAACAAUUUCCAACUUCCCACAAGUAGAGCAGAAUAAACUAUGUGCAGAAGAGCGCCUCGGAAUCCCCCUAGUUCUGAGAUUUUGGGAAGAGGGGUAAAGAGAGACUGCUUAGGGAGGACAGAGCGGAGAGAGAGGCAGGGAUUUCCUGGGAACUCUGCUGGAGAAGGGCAUGCUUAAGGGGCACAUCCGCGGGGAGGGAGUCGAACUGGGUUACAGUUUCCUCCGACUUGGACCCCUGGUUUCGUAAAUCAGAAGUGCCUAUUUCCCGUUUACCCCACUCCAGUCGCGGUCCCAGUAGCUCCCUCCUUUUCCUCCUCUCUCCUCCGGCGGACUCACAACCUCAGAGAAAGGAUGGAGACCCAGGGGGUUAGGGUGCAUGGGGAGGGGCGGAAGGUGAACGCCUUCAACUUGAACUGCUCCCUUUCCCGAAAAAGUCUGUUGAGCAGUCAGUCCAACCCCCUGAAGUGAAGGAACAGAAAAAUGGGGAGAGGAAGGGAAGACUAGGGAGCAGUCCAGCAGAGGGCGGGGAGUGAAGGUCAGCACGGGAACUCCUCUCCCUCCCUGCCCACCUUGUGCUGGCUACUCCCUGAAACCAAUCCCAGGAGAACUCUCCAACGCAAGAAGGCAGCCCCACGGAGCUCCCCCGGCCUGGCGGGAUGCGGACUCCAAACGGGAUGAUCAUCUGGCUGUUGCUACUGUUCUCGGCCGCCUCUUCGGGGCUGCUGUUUGCCUUUUACUAUUCAGCCAAGCAUUUGACCAACAGCCCCGCGCAAGGAACCAGGAACAACACAUCUGUAUUUUAUUCUAUCAAAACUGAACUACCUGAGCUUUUGACUAGAAAGCAUGAACCCUGCAAUCGCUCACUGGUCCUUGCCACUCAACAACACUACCUUUUCAAGGAUAAGUUUAACUUCACUGUCCCAGUGCUGCUACAUGGCAAGCUCUUCACCCAAGAGCUCUGGGAACGAUUGAAUCAGCAGAGUGCUCCCUAUGGCUGGCAAGGGAUUUCCUACCAAGCUAUAGUUUCCACCUUGAGUCUCCUGAAUACCUCGAUCAGUGCUCAGCUGUUUGAUCACUCCACGAGACAACACACGGGCUGCAUUCGAUGUGCUGUUGUGGGCAAUGGGGGUAUCCUCAAUGGGUCCCGCCAAGGGGCACAGAUUGAUUCCCAUGAUUUCGUCUUCAGGCUCAAUGGGGCUGUGAUCAAAGGCUAUGAGGAAGAUGUGGGCACCAAGACUUCAUUCUAUGGUUUCACUGUGAACACAAUGAAGAACUCCCUGAAAGCCUACAAGAAUCUGGGUUUCACUUCAGUGCCCAAACACCAUGACCUGCACUAUAUCUUCAUUCCUUCAAACAUCCGGGACUACCUGAUGCUAAAGUCAGCCAUUCUGGGUGUACCUGUCCCUGAGGGCCGUGACAAAGGAGAUAAGCCGCAGACCUAUUUUGGACCAGAUGCCUCUGUGAGUAAAUUCAAGCUGCUCCAUCCAGAGUUCAUCAGCUACCUGAAAGACAGGUUUUUGAAAUCAGAACUCAUCUAUAAAAAAUAUGGGUACCUGUACAUGCCUAGUACUGGGGCCCUCAUCUUGCUGACAGCUUUGCAUACUUGUGACCAGACUGGGAUAACUUCAUAACAUCAUCAGCUCAGCUGUCAUCAACUCAACAACCUUUACUUCAGGGCUCUUAAUCUUCAGCCUGUGAACUUGUUUUUAUUUUGAAAAUCUGAUCACUUUCAAUUGGCACCCUUUGCAAUCCUAUGUAUUUUAUGUCUUUUAAAACAUUUUUUUGAAGACACCAUAA